AUGUGUCGUCUUUUUGCACUUAGCUCUGAUCCGGAUGACGACAUAGCGCAACAGAUUCAAGAGGCGGAAGCUAAAGCGCCAGAGGAUCUCACAGAGGAAGACAAAAUGGUGCUGCUCGGGAGACCGAAAAAUGGUGAUAUUAUUCGAGCACAACUACGCAUUAAGGAAUCAAAAGAGUUUAAGUACUUUUUAAAGUCUUUACACAUCAUCACUCUUAAUUCGUGUCAAACAUCAGGAAGCCAAGAUACAUAG